CGUUUAAAUGAUGCAUUCAAGGAGUAUUUUAGGGAAAGUUAUAGUGAACCAAAGCAUUUAGAUGGGGCUGAUGCCAUGGACUUCGGAGCCAUUAAGGGCGUCUUGAGGUCUCUCCGUGAAUACAUACAAACUAAUCCGAGUCUCACUACCACUGAUGAAGCUUUUGCAUUGAUAUCUGAAAUGGCUGAUCGUGUGUGUGAAACUCUGGGGAAAAUAGAUGCUCGUUUGAAUUUUGAAGAAGUUUGUGGUUUGAUAUGCACGAUUGCCGGACUUGAACUUUCUCUCAUGAGGGAUCGUCGACCAGGACAAUCUCUGGAACUUGAAAAGCGCCGUAUUUGUUCAAGCAAGGAGUUUUGUGACAGAUAUAGGCUGAAGUUGUUAGGACGGGUGAUUUCUGAUAGAAUGAGAUCCUCCUUUGUGUUUGAGGUGACCCGUACUAUAACAGAAGCUUGUACAUCGACGAGGCUAGCAACUGCUUCUCGCACAUUUUCUUUUUCAAGGAAUGCAGCCUCGAAUGGUUCUGUCCAGUUUGUUCUGCUUUAUAUGCGCUACUUUGCCUCGGCAUCUUUUGGGAAGUUUCUAACUCCGGAUGUUUCCGUCACUAAUGAAUUUGCUGACCGGACGCAGGCAAUCAUCGCCACUGCUUGCACAGCUUGGCUUUCUACUGUUGGAGCUGCUGUAGGGUUAGCAACCUCGGGACUCCUAUUAAGUUCUGUAAAGUUGCCUUCAUUUGUACCUAUUAGCGUCGCGCACUUAUGUGAAAUCGUCCUAGACAAGCUGUUACCAACGAUCCUUGCAUUUGUGAUGUCAUCUGACACAAAUGAUGGUGAAUCUUUUACUGACAUUGUUCUUGCGUUGUUUAAUCCCUUGAUUAACUUCUUCUCGGGAGCUACUGAAAACGGGAGUCUAGCCCACCAGAUUGUUGACAUAAUGGUGGUCAGAGGAAAUUUAGUCUGCGGCAGUGAUGUUCAAAAACACCUCAAGAGGAUGUCUUCAGCAAUCACUGAUCUUUUGGUCUUUCGUACGCUCUGCGAUAUCUUGUGCUCAGUUCUUCAGGAUACCAAUCUGACCAUAGUAAAUGGAAAAUCAUCAAACGCAGUUGACUUUCUCGAAGAAAUAGUGUUUACUUUAACUCAAUUUGGGAAGCAAUUUGAUUCCAUUAUUCGUCAGCUUGCAGACCGCAUUGCAGAAGUUGCCGUUCAGCACUCAAAAAUCAUUUGUAUUGACACUUCUUCAUAUCAACCUGUCGAAAAGCUACUAAGAGCUCUUAGCAUAGGAGAGAUUGAUUUGGCUUCUUCUGCUGACAGAAGGCCCGAAGUUGGCCUCAGUGAGUGGAGCUUCUUUAUGAAUGAGCUGUGGAAAUUGUUUUGCGCCACAUGCCCCGCAGGCCUUGCUCGGCAGAUGUACACUCGAGUUGCAGCCGAGACGCUUUUGCAUAUUGUCCAUGUGGUGGCCAACUCCACUACAAAAAGCGGUGAUGAAAUCAAAAACAUGGCACGGUUGUUGUACUUUUUCUUUCUUCUAAGGGUACACUCGAAAGGAUUCUUUUCCGAACUCAAGAAUGGUUCAUUUUCAAUGUCAUUCGAGCCUAGCAACUGGCUUAAGAUAGUCGACCCUCGCCGAUUUCGUCAAUCUUCCAAGGAGGCACAGGAACUCUUGGUUAUGUUUCGACAUUUCGGAAGCAAUCCGUACUUCGAUCCAGUGACUGCUCUGAAGCUCACCUUCUUCGAUGAUGGCGAACUCCUUAAGCCGUUGCUACAUUCCUCCUUGUGGGUCAAUUCGGAACAAUCAUGCCCUGAUAGAGAAUCUAUUUUUGCCGUGUAUAAGGCGUGUUUUGAGCUGUUUGCUAUCGCUGACUUCAAAAAUAACUGUUACGGCAACAUUUUAGCACCUCUUUUUGAAAGCAAAGAUAUCGGUGCCCUGGCUAUCGAAAGUUCAUCACCAUAUCUCGUAUGGUUUGAGGCUUUUAUUGACUUUAUUGCGGACUUAAUGCAACCCAAGAUGCUGCGCUCAGCCAUCAAGACGAAGCUCAUCCAUCUUUAG